AUGAACGAGCCGGACGGCGGCAUGGACCACUCCAUACAGGACAAUAUGGAACGACCAGUGAAGAGACCACGUCUAUCAUAUACCCCCGAAGACAACGAAGAGCCCCUGGCAGACUUUGAUCUCCCUGCCGCGCGCGCGCAAAAUGACUCGCGACUGAAGUCUCUCUUCGAAGGCAUUUUCGCAAAAUAUAGCCAUGACUUCACCGACAUUGGCGAUGAGAUUGACCUACAGACCGGGGACAUAGUGGUUGACAAUGGGCAUAUUCUGGGGAUGCGAGGCGAGCACGGUGCUGGGGAUCAGACACAAUCAUGGCUCUCCCAAGCUGAACUGGAUAGAUCGGAAGAAUCUGAUGUGGACGACGACAACAACACGCAGGUAGAGGAUGAGGAAUUUUUUUCUAUGGCAUCCUCUCCCGGCGGUCACUCUCCGGAUGCUCUACAUGACGAGUCGCCCUCGAAACAGCUACAGACAGACAUAGAUAGCUCUUUGGAUUUCGUGUUUACUUUUAAAGCAUCGGGGACUGUAGGGUCCAGUCCUACGGCCAAGGAGGAACAUGUCCCCCAUCUCACCAAGCCUAUCCCAGUUUCCAAACCGCAAGAUCCACUUUGGGCAGUCCCAGAUCUCCCCCCAUCCUUUUCAACACCCACCGCUGAAACCCGCAAAUCAAACGUGGGCUUUUCUACACCUGCUAGGUUUCAAUCUCCGCCAGGGAGUGGUUCGGUCUGGGCUUUGCGCAGAUCUCGUAGACCACGCACAGAAACGAAACCCAAACCCACGCCGAGUAAGCGCCGACCGGCCGCGAAGCGCAAAUAUCAUUCUAGCCCUGUGACGCGCGACUGGUCGUUUGCGGCUCUGCCAGAUGGGAAUGAGUCAGAUGACCCUUUGCAGGACUAUGAGCCAUCGCCCACACCAUCGAAAGUGAAAAUUAUCCGUGGGAAGCGCCUCAUUCCAACGAAAGAGAAAGAUGGUCCAUCUACUCCUUCGAAGAAGCCAGCCCCUGUCAUCAAAGCUGAUGACCAAGGUGAUGACCAAGAAGGGGGCGGUGAGACUAGCGAUCACGACGAUGAUGGGCCUGACGCACACCUCGAAGAAGGGAACUGUGGAACAAGCAAUGAGAUAGACAAAGUGCCUGAAGCAUCCCUUGCAGAGGAGGUCUGCGAACCGAAUCAGCAAGAAUACGGAGUGCCUGAAGAACAACUCCCAGGAGGCUGCGGAGCAAGUGACCAAGAAAAAGAAGCGCCUGAGGCAGAAUCAGAAAAUGAACUGCUACUAGAUUCUAUUGUACAAUGUGAUUCAACUCCCAAGGCCACGACCACGGCCAGCAUCCAGGCCUCAUCCCCGCUGCCCAUGGAAAAUACCCCAAGCAAAAGACUGCCCGUGACACCCGAUGAAGCAAAGCUUAUCGUGUAUAUGAUGUACAAGCAAGAAAAGAAGGCCAGCGACGUGAUGCAGCUGUUGCCAGGUCGCGACUACCACACAGUUUGGCACUGGUUCUACAAUCACUGGACCCGCCACCUCGCCAGUCCGCCUCUCCUUUCCGCUGCCUGGUCGCAGCCUGAGCUGGCAGCUUUGUCCCAACUCAGCACCCAAUCGGAUCUUACCUGGGGUCAGAUACAAAAUCGGUUCAAGGGCCGGUCGCGACAUGAGAUUGAGUUUGAGCUGCUUCGUGCCUGCGUUGGUGAGGGCUUUACCUCUGCAAUGAUAGGGAACGUCGAGGAACACGUGGAGUCGGAAGAGGAACAGCAGGAAGAAACGACAGAGGAAGAUGAUACGGACGACGACGAGAUUAAGGACGAGUCGGAAUCUGACGUAGGCAUGGAUGGAAUCGAAGAUGAGUCGGGGGAUAACAAUGCUCCAUCCGAAGACACUGCCCAGGAAGAGCUUCAGCAGCCCGGCAUCCAAGAAACGACCGACAUAAGUGUCAGUAAGGUGUCAGCUCCCAGCACCUUCCUGGGCAUUUUUAUUUAA